CCUAAACCUACCUUGCACGGGGCCGGCGAGCUUCCAACAUCUUGAUCUUUUGUUAGAUCUUCUGUUUGGUUCACUCCCACCAUUCCUAGUUUUUUUUUUCUGUCUCUUUUCGUCAUUUUUUCUUCUCUCUCUUCUCUCUCUCUUUGUUGUCUUGUUUGGGAAUCCCGCCUCCACCAAUCUAGCAAAGGUACCUAGGUACCUACUUGGUGUGCAGGCAGUUUUCGUCACAGGCAGCGCUCUGCUGUUUAGUAACGAAUUAGGGCGUUUGCAGGAAUCCCCAAAAAAAGAUAAAGAAAAAAGACCUAAAAAGACGCCCAACACCAAGGCUACGGUUUAGGGCUUCCUGACUGACGACGCCCUUUGCGCCACCGUCCUGACUGCCCUUUACAACUCACAUACGAGCGAGCGAACGAGCGAGCGAACGAACGAACCACCCGACUAUCACUUCUGCGCAUGCCGUAAAUACGGCUGAGAGCAGUAGCUCGCAGUGCUCUCACACUGUCAGAGACCAUCAUGCAACGAGUAUCCUCAUUGCUACCGACCUGGGAGCGCACCAGGUCGGUUGACGGCAGGAAUAGGAGCAGCAGCAGUACUGGCACAUCUUCUUCUCCCAAAAACAGCCAAAGCAGUAACUCGGGCGCCUUCGGAAGGGUCUUUGGCUGGGCUGAUAGAAUCGCCCCCUCUCGCAUAUCGGGUAGCAGCGCUGCACAAUCUACUGCAUCACCAACGGCCGCGGCGACAGCAACAACACAAACUGUCGUGUCCAAGUAUGGAAAGGAGACCUAUUGGCCGAGUAGCCUUGAGAGGGAGUGCGAGAAGGCCGCCCUCAUAUUGAAAUCUUUCUGCACCGAUGGGUUUCUCUCAUACGAGUCCGACGCCGGCGCCGAACUGGCAAACCCGUUGCCUUUACCAACACCAGAAUCGUCGAGUUCCACAAGUCAAGUCCAGAUAAUGAAGAAAGUGCCGCCAAGGAUCAUACAGAAAGCUGCUGGCCUGGCCAUUUUCUCAUGCAUGCGGUCGGGUCUAUGGAUGUCUGGUUCCGGAGGGUCCGGAAUCUUGAUUGCACGCAAAGCCGACGGCACCUGGUCACCUCCUUCGGGCAUCCUUCUCCACACGGCAGCUUUGGGCUUCGUCGUUGGUGUCGAUAUCUACGACUGCGUUCUGGUCAUCAACAGCUUCGCCGCCCUGGAGAUGUUCACCCGCUCCAAGGUUAUGCUGGGAGCCGAUCUGGGUCUUACCGUUGGCCCCGUCGUCCCAGUCGGCCUGCUGGAGAACGAUACCAGAUGGAAGGAACUUGACAAUAGUGUGUUAACCUAUUUGAAGGCUAGAGGCCAGCACCGUGCGGUGCAGCUCGACGGCUCCCUGGUGACUGAGCGGAGCAACGAGAACGAGAAAUUCUACGGUGCCGGCGUCGAGAUCCCAGACAUCCUGGCAGGAAACGUCAGGAAAGAGAUCCCUGAGAUCUCACCUCUCUUCGAGGCUAUCAAGGCUGCCGAGGGCCGAACCGACUAUGACUUGCGCAUCAUGCAGGCUUUGUCCCAACAGCCAGCGCCUGGUGAUGCCACAAUCGAAACGCCAGCAGGCACGCCGAUAUCCCCUAUAAAGCCAAAUUUUGGUCUUCCUGACGUCGAUGACCCGGAUCCUUUUGGUAUAAUCGCCUUGGAAAUGGCCGGACUCGAGAUUCGGGAGGCCGGGGCCAGGAAUCGCCCAGCUAGCACAAACUUGGACUAUUGCCCCAGUCCGGCGAGCCUGAUCUCCAGCAUUUCCCAACGCCAGAGUACGGAUACCUUUGUGAGCCGGAGCAACAGGGGAAGCUACAUGUCGAGCAGGACCCAGGCUACGUCAAUGACGGAUGCCUUUACGCAGACGGAUCUGGGAGAGUCAGCCAGGACGUCGCCCAGCCCCAGCCAUAGCGAUUUGAAGAAACAUAGCUCACCAAAGCCGCCAUCUGUGGCCGAGGAGCCAGAGGAGAUCGACUAUACCAAGAUCGACAUGAGCCCUCUGGAAAGCUUUAGUUUCCGCUACGGACAGCUAUCUGAGCCGUCUGCACCCACGCCAGUCGUCCAAGCAGAGCAGCCGCCCAAAUCCAAAAACUCUAAUGAUAUAGUGGAGGACGCCGCCUCGAUUAAGCUGCCCGAGGACGAGGAGGAAAGGGACGGCGACGCGGAUGACGAAGACGACGAGUCGGACGAUGAAGAACCCAUCAUAUAUGAAGUAGCCACAACUGCCCAGCCGACUCGCGCCGUGAUAAUGGCGAGGCAGGCCGCGCAGGUUGUUUCGGCAAAGGGAGCCUUGGUCACCAUUCCCAAGCGUCAUGUGCCUAGCUUGCCAGCCAGGAAUCCGGCACGAUCAUCCCAUGCUAGCCAGAAUGGCCUUGAUGUGAACGUAGCCUACCCCCAGAGUCCAGCUCGAUCUUCAUUUGACAAUACGGAGGCCGACCAAACACCCAAGUCAACCUUGCACCUCAGCACUCCUCCCAGGUCUCAUAAACGAAACUCGUCCUCGGUGUGCUUCCCCACCCAGGUCGACCCAACCACGCCCAAGGCGUCUUGCAUGAACGACGCCAGCUCGAUUGAUGAAGAGUUUAUGGGAGAGCCUCGCACGCCUCGGGCAGAUGAACAUGCUCAACAAACAACAGAUAGCUUUGGUCGCCCCCACGAACUCAAACUCACUCCUAAUCUCAGCACUGCCACCAUUCAAGUCUUGUAGGUGCAGUGGAUGUCAACACCAUCAAAUAAUCAUCAACACACGAAUCACGGAUCACAGCACCAAAAGCUCAACUGCAACGACCGAUAUGAUCUACUUUCCUUUUUUUUUAUAUUCCUUUUUUCUUCUAGCUGCUGUCUCUUCAUACACUUUUGUUAUGUAGGCGGUUAAAGGCGUCUCUUUCGCAUAUGAUUAGCCAAUGCGGAAGGGAACAGCUCUUUUUUCUCUCUUUUUCUCGUGUUCUUUCUUUUUCUUCACGGCUUUCUCUUUUUCCAGGCGUUCUUGGGCACUAUUGAUACCAAUAUUUGCGUCUGUCCCACGACUGAUCGCAUGGCACACCUCGCGGUGUAUGUUUAGCUUUACCGUCUUUCCUUUUGGGCUUUGGGUACUCUGAAAAAUUGGGAGUGAUUCGAUUCAUUUUGGAAUACCGAGGAACCGGUACCUCGAGUGACUUUGGACGAAAUCCAUUUUUACCUUCUCUUACCACGAACUUUUGGGACAUAUUUGAUAUUGCAGCGUUAUUUAUAGUGUUUAGACAGGAGCCUGCCUGUUCGGUCGAAUGGGUAUGGUUUGGGGGCGGAGACGAUGCGAGACGCUGGCGAACGGCCAGGCCAAGGUUUUCUUGGGAUGCCCGACGAAACCAAAAUAGACACAUAGGACGAAGUACCGUGC